UUUUACUUUUAAAAUUAUAACGUUUGAGCUACGUUCUCUUUGCCUGUUCAAUAGCAGAAUCGAUAACAAAAAAAGUAAACAAAAUAAAAACACAAAACCUACCGGUGUUAUUUGAGAUUUUUGAGAACAUUAAUUUGAUAUUGAUCUUUAAUAACUGUAAAAAUUAUGAAAAGUUGGAGCUCUAAGUACACAGUAAAUUGAAACUAAGUUAUACUAUAUACUCUUAAUUAUGCUAUGAGCAUUACACCCCUAAGAGUACAUUACAAAUGCGCACUGAGAAUUAAUUGUGCACUAGCACCAUUAUGAAUCAAGAUGAAAAGGUUCCCGUUUUAUACUACACUAAUCCUAAUUAUAAUUUUUAGCGUUUCAACUAUUUUGUACUUAAACUCAAAAAUUUCCAUGAGAAAUACGAAGCUAUAUUCCAAUCAUCAAAAUAAGAGAAUAUUUAAAUCGAAGUUGAUGAAAAAAAAUGAUGAAGUUGUUUUAUCAUUUGUAGUGUGUGACUCUAGGUUUAAUGAGUCACUGAAUUUGUUGAAGUCUGGACUUAUUUUUACACAAUCCUCCUUACAUGUGGUUAUAUUUGCUGAAGAUGAUUUACACAAAAAGUUUAACAGUACAUUGACAAAGUGGAAGAUGUUGAUUGCCAGACCAUUCACUUUUGAACUUCAUAAAAUUAAUUUUCCCGAAGCAAACAGAAAGGAUUGGAUGAACUUAUUUAGUAAAUGUGCUGCUCAAAGAUUAUUUAUACCUGCAUUGCUUCCUCAUGUCGAUGCUAUGAUAUAUGUGGAUACAGACACCCUGUUUUUGGGUCCCAUAGAAAUUUUGUGGAACUACUUUACAAAAUUUAAAGCUACAGAAAUAUCAGCUUUGGCUUUAGAAGAUGAAAACCCAAAUGUUUCAUGGUACCCUAGAUUUGCCAAACAUCCAUUUUAUGGAAAAUGCGGUUUGAACUCUGGUGUGAUGCUAAUGAAUUUAACAAGGAUGAGAGAAUUUGGAUGGAUCGAUUAUAUAACUCCUAUCAUGCUAAGGUGGAAAUCCAAUAUACCGUGGGGCGACCAAGACAUAAUCAACAUUAUCUUUCACUAUCACGAGAGGGCAGUCCACGAGUUGUCCUGCCGGUACAACUAUCGUUCUGACCAGUGUAUGUAUGGUGACGCGUGCGCAGAUGCCACCUUCAACGGGAUCUUCGUACUCCAUGGCAGUCGCAGAGCAUUCUAUAGUGACAAGCAACCGGCGUUUCAAGCAGUGCACAGAGCUAUAGAGGAGUUUGAAAUUGGAGCAGAUUUGUCGCCAAAAAUGUUGCUCGUCAAUAUGGAGAAGUACUUGAACGAAACGACCCCUUCGAAUUGUGGAAACUUAAAAGAUGCCUUCCUGAAAAUACCCACUGAGACCUUUAAAAAACAUUACAACUUACCCGACAGAUAGGACUUUUAAAGUGUUGCUUUAUUUAAAUAGUUGUUUUGAUCAGGGUAUACAGUAUUCAUCUUCUAUCUAUGUAAAUAAAAAUAAAUUUAUAUUUAUAUGUUUGUCCUCUAAGCGUUCCUAAACCAAUGAUAUAGCUUCGUCUAUAUUUGCAGUGUGUAAAACAUUAAUAAAGUGAAUGUGUAACAAUAUAAUAAUAUAUUCUUUUAAUUAUAUACCAAAAUCUUUAUUUACGAUAUUUUUAUUGUGUAAUUUCAAAAACAGGGCGUCUUAAAAAAAUAUUGUAAUAGAGCUGUGAAAAGACCGAUCUCAUAAGUAAUAAAGAGAUAAGUGCACAUUUUAUUAAUAGUUGUUUACUCAUGGAGUUGCCGUUUUACAAUAACGGUCACUUAAAACCACUUGAAACUUAAUUUAUGUAUGGCAAUAAAUUCUAAA